GGGGUGGGCACAACUUCUGUCGUCACUUCCGCUAGCGUGACCUGCGCAGUUACUUUUCCGUAGAUAUCUGAAAAAGUCUGACUAAAAUAUGAAAUGUCCCGAUAUAAGCGACACGUGGAGGAGCAGGAGGAGCAGGAGGAGCGGCCCCGGGAGGUCGGUACUCACACCGGGCACAUGAGGCCGGAAACGGGCCUGAUUCCUGGAACAGACGGUGAACCGUUAUCCGGCUAACAGUAGCUAACAGUAGCUAACAGCAGCUAGCUAGCUAACGAACCAACCAUAACGAACCAGCUAACGGUUGUCCUGCUCGGGCAGAAGCUAACACCCAUCAGCUAGUUUUCUUUUUGAGUCACCGGCAUCAAACUGGGUCGGAAUCAGCUGUAACGGGCCGCCGGUAAACUCGGUUUAUCCGGUAUCAGUUCAGAACACACGAAGCUGCUCCGUUCAUCAGAAUCAGAAUCAGCUUUCAUGGCCAGCUAUGUCCACACAUACCAGGACUCUGGUUCCGACUGUUGGAAUGAGGCUCGGUUCUUGUUUUGGGACAUAAAGUCAAUUAUGUGACACAAGCAAACACACGUCAGACAAACAGGAAGUUCCCGUUAGUGUGUGAACAUGGAUGUUGUCAUGUGUCCAGUAAAGGGCCGCAUGUGGAGCUCUGGUGUCCCAGGUUCCCUGAAUGCAGCCUCACAGUGGAACCAGUUAUUCCAGGAACGUGUUCAAACCCCUUUAAUGGGGAAUAACUGGGCCUGGGCUGGCUGUAAAAUUACACUUCCUGUUUCUGCCUCUCACUUCUGGACUUUAGAACAUCUGUUGGUUCCUCAUGAAGAACCACAAAACGCUUCACUUUAUGUGGAAAUCAGCAGAACCGUCCGUCACAGACCUCUGAUGUCUCAGUGGGUUGUCCUCUCACAGAGGAACGAGGCAGGAGGUCUUCUCCUGAAGCAACACUUUGUGGGCUACGGGCAGGUUCAACAUAUCCAGGCUUUCUGUCCUUAUCUGGCUUCAGUUAACCAAACAAACAUGGCUGACGGGUCACAUGGAGCUGGUUCUGUGACUCUGAUGUCGUCAGUGCGAUGAUCACCGUCUCUUUGUGUAGAAGUUGCUCAGAUGAAGGUUUAUCAUCAUCAUCGUCACCAGACUGACGAGUUAACCGUGGUGAGGCUCAAACUGUGUCUGUUUGUCUGCAGCUCGGCGCCGCUGCUGCUGCUGCUGCUCUGCUGUCUGGACUCAGCGACCGGCGUGGAGGUGAGCGGCGUGGUGGGAGGCAGCGCCGUGCUGCCCUGCGUCUACAGCGAGGACGACCUGCCGUCCAGCGUGUCCGUCUACUGGAGGGACAAGGACGACCGCGGCGUCAUGGACGUCGUCAGGAACUCCGAAAACACCAAGUCGCAGCACCAGAGGUUCAGAGGACGAGUGACCAGCUUCCCUGAGCUCUACAGCAAAGGGAACUUCUCCGUGAGGAUGACGGACCUGAAGCUGGAGGACGAAGGUCCGUACGAGUGUGAGGUGGUCCGAGUCAACUUCAAGAGGAAAGUCACGCUCAAGGUGUCCGGGAAGCUAACUGCGUUAGCCACUUCUCCUCCGUCGGGCGCUGCAGCUGAUUGGUUGCCGGUCCACCUGACGCUGAUGCCGGCUCUGCUGCUGACAGGUUUCACUUUGUUCUAGCGGCUCCUUAUAUGGACUCCUUUAUCCUCCAAUCAGGCGCCAGACAAGGGAACACCUGUCGCAGGUAGCCCCGCCGCUCACAUGUAAAGUCCUGCUGAUAAACUUCCGCUCCAGCUCACCAGUCUUUAUCUACUCUGAGCUUCUUCUGGUGUCGUUCUGCCUCCAUCACAGUAAAGUGACCUCAUCUGGAGGAACACGAAACCACAUGUUCAUCACAUCCAGACCAAACAUCUGCCCGAUGAAUCCAGAGUCCAGUUCAGAGCAGAAUUACACAACAAAGUUUGAUCCUCGUGAAAACACAACCGGCUCAGACGUCCGGCCUCGUGUCCUCCUCAGUGUUCCCACGCUGCUACCUUGUGCUGCUUUAUACCUCAGCUUGGGAUCCGUUUGGUGUGAAGCUGAGUUUUUGGUUCCGUGGCGUCCCUCAGGGAUCAAACCUGGAUCCUCUUCGGUUUGCAUCCGUUUGUGUUUUCAACUUUCUAAAAGCGUUGUAGUUUCUGUCUGAACUGAGUCUCAGAGGAUUUAAGACGGCUUCAGAGCUCAGAGAACAUGUGGUCAGCUUCCUCAAGUACUGUCCAAAUUCUGGUCGAGAUUCUUUGUGUUAUUGAUCGUUAGGAUCAAUAAAGUCCAAAAAGACAAACGAUCAGAAUCACCAUUAAAGCAUAAAGCACCUGUAAAAACCCACCUGGACCUCUGGAACCGUCCGACUGGUCAGAACCUGAUGGACAGCGUGUAUCUGUAUCGGCUCUACUGCACAUAUUUAUGGAAAUAUUCCAUUUAUUUAAACCUUUUAAGUGUCUUUUCUGCUAAACAAAUGAGGUAAACAACACGGACUUCAGUUCCUGGAGUUUGUUUUCUAACCUGCAGCUUUUAGAACAAACUCAAAGCUGCAAACAGGAGUCAGAAUAACGUUGUUCAGAGUCUGUGGUUCAUCCACAGCAGAAGCUUUAAGCUUUGCUCUACAGACUUCAGUAUGUUUCUGCUGUUCUACAUGUACAGUUUUAUAUUUUAUAUGCUGCUCUGUAAACGUAACAAACACCGUUAAUCUGCACUAAACGCCACCUGCUGGUUUAUUUAUCACUUUGGAGCUCAGACGUGAUGGAAAUCAGAAGUUUGUUGAUUAGCCGCAUUCCUGAAACGUCUCAUGAGCAUAAAUACUGAACCAAGCAAAACAAGACUUUACGUAGACAAACAGAAAAAAUCCGUAAAUCGUCUCACUUUGGUUUUCACAGCUGUUAAAGCUUCGAUAAACGUCUGGUGUCUCAGAUGUUUUCUGCUCGUUUCAUCCUCAGAGUUUCCUGAACGUUAGCUCUGUUAGCUCCAGGUCAGCUUGUAGUGACUAAAUUAUUUUAUGUUUGAAGAAAAACACUAUUAUUUAAUGUGGAUAUUUUUUUAGUUUGUGUCGGAAUCUGAAUGUUUAGACCAAGCAGCUAACGGAGCGAAUCUGCCGAUCUAGAAAAUAGUUGACGGUGAAAGUAGUUGUUAGUUUGAGGCCUGUUUAGCCGUAAAUAACAACAAAAGGAAAAAGUACCAGUUUGUUGUUUUUGAGUUUUGCAUUGUUUGGACGAUAAAAUGUGAGUUUUUGCGUCCCGCAGGGAUCAAACCUGGGUCCUCUGAGGUUUCUAAUCAUUUGUGUUCUAGCUUCUAACAGUUUCAGGUUUAGCCUCCUGAAAUAAGUUUCAUCAUCAGUCCAAGAGUUGUCUUUUGUAUUUAUUUAUUGAAAUUGCACUGAAUCACAGUGCAGCGCCACCAUGUGGUUAAAUCAGCACAAAGCACAACAACAGUCGACUCCUGUUGGAAGUAUUCUGUGGUUGAUGCACCAAAGACAACUGAACCAGGAGUUAAUCUGUUUCAAUGUGUUCGCCGCCCUCUGCUGGAGCCUGCAGCACAUUACAAACCAGAUUAGCUCCUUGAUUUGUUCUGAGUCGACCAUAGGAGGCGCUGCUGCGUUUGGAAAUGUUUCUGUUGUGGUUUCAGCUCCUGAUGAGAAAUGAGGUUUUCAGUCAGCUGACUAAUCGAUCAAUCAAUAACAUUGAUCUUCAGAAGGAUGGACUUUAAAAGGGGAUGGAUGGACAAAAGAAAAUUGUUGAAAAGGGCUUCUGCUUUUUGUCUGAAAUAAAAAUAAAACCUGAUUGAAGUUGA